AUGGCAUCAUCAUUUGGUCAGACACAAAAUGGUAAAGAAGCGAUGGCAGUAGUGAUAGUGCCAACUGUUGAUGAACCAAAUUCUGUAAUAGACCAGCUUAAUAAUGAAGUAGGACAAGCAUCUAAUGACCUUAAUGGUAAUGAUGAGGAAAUGGUCGAUUUUUUGGAUAAGACGUAUAAGCGAAGUAUUAGCAAUAAGAUUAGAAAGAAAAGGUGGGAAAAGAAGCAGAAAGAUCAAGAGUCACUUAUAAUUUCUCAGGAUGUGACUAAAAUUUCUGAGGUCACAAACAUAUUAACUUCAGAGCAAAAUAAGCAAAAUUUAUCAUAA